ACACUUCAUUCACCACAUCUUUCUCGCAUCCAAUCGCAAUACCCUCUAUUCAUCAUGGCUAACGCUAAAGUCGAAUACAGGAACGUAACCUUCAAGCAGCUUAUCAACAAUGAUGCUGGCUCCGGUGCCUCUGCCGACCUGUCGACCUGGAGGCCCGAUCUCUCCAAUGGCUGGUACUACCUCGGUCCAGCUGCGACGAACAACGGCAACACUCCUGGCACCGGAAUCGUUGUCAGGGCGCUCGAACCAGGCGUCCUUGUCGACGUUGCCGACUGGAUCCAAGUGUGGAACGACGCUGGCUCCGGGAAACCGACUGACUACGCGCUCUGGCGCGGCGUAGGCCCCACGCCCGAUUACAUCGUAGUCGGUGGUUUCUUCACCCGCAGCCACAACAAGCCUACCGCGCAGGAGGCAAAGGGUAUUAAGGCCAUCCAUAGGCUCGCGUUGCACAACACAUCUCCUGGAAGCCAGGUUUGGACUGACAAGGGUUCGAAGGCUAAGGAGGAUGGAGCUAUUUGGGGCAUUUCGAGCUUUGGCGUGGUGCCCACUGGUGCAUUUGUGCCUGUCAAAGGGUAUAACAACCCACCCCAGGAGCUGUACGGCCUCCAGCCUCAGGUUGCGAAGAGCGGCUUGGAGGGAGAGUAUUAAAUGAGUUGAAGCUGUGUCGCAGUGCGACUCUGCCUUCCAAGAUAUGUCUGCUGUGUCAAGGAUUUGAAUAGUUAUGCUUGUAUCAUUGACUCCUGAAUGAAUCAAUCGUUGUUUGUGUGUUU